ACCCUCUCCUACACCACUGGAAAAAUGGCGACGAGUAUGCUGCGACUGCCGCUACGACUCCUCACCAAAAAUGCGGGGAUAGUGAGCCGUAACACCGGCUCGAAAACAUCAAACAUAUCCAGGGCGACUCAAAGUAGGACCGUAGUAACAACGCCGUCGGGAGCAAUCUUACCGAAACCGAGUAAAACCCCAUUCGGUCUUAUCCGCAUGACAGCAGUGGUGGUGCCUUUCCUGUAUGUGGGAACCUUGAUCAGCAAGAACUUCGCUGCUCUUUUGGAGGAGCAUGACAUCUUUGUCCCUGAAGACGACGAUGACGACGACUGAGCUAACAUCAGAAAAUAAAUGGGUGCUUUGCAAUAUUAAGCGGGGGCACAUCAACUGGCACAAGGAAGAUGGGGAAGACGGGGCAUGGCCUUCCACCUCUACCCAUCUCCUCCCUCUCCUCUGCUAUUUAUGUUUUUAUCACAAAAUUCAUUUUUGAUGAAUCUCAUAUCAUGUGAGGCUACCAAAAAUACUCGUUAUGCCCUCACUCUUGUUUGCAUGUUUAUCAGUGAACUCAAUAAAGGGAGUCGAUUACACAUGGAUAAA